GCUUACACACGCACAAUCCUGUAGGAUUUAUGCAUACGUGCACUCAAAUCUCCCCAUUUGACAUAUUCUACAUAAUCUAGGCUAAUUUGUUAAUUCCAUUAUUGAUCGGCUCUGGCAUAGGCCUAUUUGUUUUUUCAUUUAGUGAUAGAUUGGCUAUUUAAUUCAAUUGCCUGAUAUCGGUGAGACUGUAUGCUACGAGCUGAAUGGGAGAUGAGAGGACGAGCGUCAGCUGUCAACCAGAUUCAGUCGGUGUUUUUUCUCUCUCGCCAUAAUCGUUUGUGCGUCGGUUUUCUUUUUAUCUGCUCCUGUUACACUGUAACGCACUCGAUGUUAAUUCGGGGGAAUAUGUGAACAUCAUGCUGGCGGUGUGGUGCUUGGUCUUUGCUGCAGUGGGCGAGAGGUUUGCCGUGUCAGUUGGCAGUUAUCAGGCCUCCCGCGUAACAGGCGGCGGAAGGUCGACUUUGGUGCGUGAUGCGAGUUUGUGGGAUUGGUUCUCGCCAGAGGAGCAGGGAGAUAUCAGCGACAUUGCGGCCGAAGUCACCUAUCCAAAGCGUCUGGUGCAACAGAUGGAGUCGAAGGAAGAAAUGUCCCAUGGCUAUUUGGAUACCCGCGUGAAGAAUACCACGGGAGGCACCUCGCCAGUCCAUUUGGCCCAGAGUUGUUUCCAGGUGGAAACCUUCGGACACACCUUCACUCUGGACCUGGAGUUAAACCACAACCUCCUGUCCUCAGACUAUGUGGAGCGGCACUUUCACCAAGACGGCAAACCCUCGCAGUCUAUGGGAGGGGAGCACUGCUACUACCAAGGGAGGUUGAGGGGCUUACCAGAGUCCUGGGCAGCUCUCUCCACCUGUCUUGGCUUAUGUGGUAUGUUUUCUGAUGGGAUGUUCUCUUAUGGGAUUGAGCCUCUUUUCGAUGGGACCAAUCAGACUGAGGGGGCCCACCUAGUGCGUAGGAUGCCUGAUGUCAGACUAUCCCCAGGCUGUCAAGACUGCACAGACAACAGUGAGGGGGAUAGAGCCAGAGGUAAUGGUGAUGAGCAGAUGAAGGAUCCCCGGGUCAGUGAGGUGCUGAGGCGCUCUAAGAGACAGCUGCCACGCAGGCCAACCGUGCAGUCAGAGACCAAAUACAUCGAGCUGAUGGUGGUCAACGACUACGAAAUGUUUGUGCAGCUGCGACGCUCCACUACCCAGGCCAGGAACUUUGCCAAAGCAGUGGUCAAUAUGGCUGAUGCAAUUUAUAGGGAACAGCUGAACACACGCAUCGUGCUGGUUGCCAUGGAAACCUGGUCGUCGGCCAACAUGGUUCCCGUGGUGACAGACCCGUUGACGACACUGCAGAACUUCAUGAAGUACAGGAAGGACAGUAUUAAGGAGCAAAGUGACGUUGUGCACCUCUUCUCGGGGCGUACGUUCCAGAGCAGUCGCAGUGGGACGGCCUACACCGGAGGGGUGUGCUCUCUCACCAGAGGAGGGGGCAUCAACGAGUAUGGGAAUGUGGGUCCUAUGGCCAUCACUCUGUGCCAGAGUCUGGGUCAGAACAUUGGGAUGAGGUGGAACAACAUACGCAGCUCUGCGGGAGACUGCAGAUGUCCUGAUUCUUGGCUUGGUUGUAUCAUGGAAGACACUGGAUAUUACCUGCCCAGAAAGUUCUCUCGCUGCAGUGUUGAUGAGUACAUCCAGUUCUUGCUCCAGGGGGGCGGGAGCUGCCUCUUCAACAAGCCCAACAAGCUGUUGGACCCUCCUGAAUGUGGGAAUGGCUUCGUGGAGACAGGGGAGGAGUGUGACUGUGGGUCUCAGCUGGAGUGUGCCCGUAGUGGAGGGGCGUGCUGUAAGAAGUGUACCCUGACCCACGAUGCCAUGUGCAGUAGUGGACUGUGCUGCAGUGGGUGCAGGUAUGAGCUGAGAGGAGCGGUUUGCAGACAGGCUGUGAAUGACUGUGACAUCCCAGAGAGCUGCACAGGAGACUCCAGCCAGUGCCCUCAUAAUGUGCACAAGCUGGAUGGAUACAUGUGUGACACUAGUCAGGGACGUUGUUAUAGUGGUCGGUGCAGGACUCUCGAUGGCCAGUGUAAGGGACUUUGGGGCUACAAUUCAGCAGACCGCUUCUGCUAUGAGAAGCUGAAUGCAGAGGGCACAGAGAAGGGCAACUGUGGGCGGAGUCCUGAGGGCCAGGGAUGGCUGCAGUGCAACAAGCCUGAUGUGCUUUGUGGUUUCCUGUUCUGUAUCAAUAUGACGGUGAAGCCAAAGUUUGGGGAUCUGGAGGGGGAAGUGACCAGCCUUACAAUAUACCACCAGAACAAGUACCUGGACUGCCGAGGGGGCCAUGUCCUGCUGGAGGAUGGGUCAGACCUGGGCUACGUAGAGGACGGUACGCAGUGCGGCCCCAACAUGAUGUGUCUGGAGCGCCGCUGUCUCCCCGUGGCAGCCUUCAACCUCAGCACCUGCUCCGGCUCCACGCUGGGACGCACCUGCUCUGACCACGGGACAUGCAGUAACGAGGUGAAGUGUAUCUGUGACAGGGACUACACCGGGAAGGACUGCAGUGUCUUUGACCCCAUCCCUGACCCCACGCCGCCUGCCAACACAGAGAAGAAAGGUCCCAGUGGCACCAAUAUCAUAAUAGGGUCCAUCGCAGGUGCUAUUCUUCUGGCAGCUAUAGUCCUAGGGGGGACAGGAUGGGGAUUUAAGAAUAUCCGAAGAGGAAGAUCUGGAGGAGGAUAAGAUGUCUGUCUGUCUGUCUUUGUCUGUCUGUUCCUGUCUUUCUCUCACUCUGUGAUGUUUCCAAGUCGGAGAAGAGGGAAAAAGAACAAGUCUUCCACUCCUGUCCCGAACCUCUCCAGACCUCUUCUGUUAACAUCUCCUCUCCUGUCCACUUCCUGUCUGGCCACCUGUCUAUCUCCGGCCCCUCCUGGACAGUGUAGCACCUCCCACAUUGCAUACCAGCCAAUUAUAUUAUCCAAUCAGGAUAAAGUCUUUGCCACGGACAGAAUGAGAAGGUUGUUGUUGGUCCCUCGAGGGGCGUCAGGGUCUUCCUGCUUUCCAGCGACUAAGUAGUAUGCACUUCGGUGUCUGCGUACUGUAGUUCCCUUUCCUUCCGCUUACGACAGUCCAAUGAAGAACAUGUCAACAGUGGACAAAUUCAAUAUGAGACAUGUCUUUCCAAUGCUUGUCUGGAAACACACUUCUGGCCGCUGUUUGAGAAUGCUGGACUGGCCCAGACCUGCCAUCUGAAAAACAAUUUAAAUCAUAAGAUGUUGUCAAAGAAGCACAUAAAAACAAACAUUGAUCAAAGACUCAAGUGGCCAUUGGAUCACUUGAACUGCCCCUUUCAGAGAGUCCUUGACUGGUGACUGGAUGACAACCCAGAUUCAGACAUUAUCUAGUUACAACAACACGGAUGUGAUCCAAGAAGAAUCAUGUAUUGGACUUGUUGUGUACAGGCCAUUUCCAAAGAAAGAAGAGCAACUUAUUGUGAGAAUGACUAUGAAACAAAAGCAGUAGACCGUUCAAAACAUCAUGGACCGAUGUAGGGUUUAUGUUGAUUAUUGAAUUCUUUGUUCCUGUCUGUUGAGAUGUAGGAAGGGGGAGACCCUAUGGUUUUGGGAUCAUAUUUAAAAUGCAGCAGAGACCGUAACUCAGUGUUUUCAACCGUAGAUCUACCAACACAACAUUCCACAUAGUGUUAGUUAAUAGAGACUGUCUGUAUGUGUCUGUAUUCUAUUCGCCACCUUCUUAAGAGGCCCAAAGUGUGUAUGGUAAAGGAGGUUGAAACUCUGUGUGUGUGUGUGUGUGUGUGUGUGUGUGUGUGUGUGUGUGUGUGUGUGUGUGUGUGUGUGUGUGUGUGUGUGUGUGUGUGUGUGUGUGUGUGUGUGUGUGUGUGUGUGUGUGUGUGUGUGUGUGUGUGUGUGUGCGUGUGUGUAGGGUACCAAAAUUCCGGUAACUUUCCCAAUAUUUCCAAUUUUUCCUGAAAUCCUGGUUGGAAGAUUCCUGGAAUUGUGAAAGACUAAGCAAGGAAAUAUGGAAUCCUCCAACCAGGAUUCCUGGAAAACCAGGGAAUGUUGAGAAAGUUACUAAAAUGAGUGUGUGUGUGUGUGUGCGCGUGUGCACAUGUGUGCAUGUGUGUGCGUGUGAGAGAGAGAUUGAGUGAGGAAGAGAGCAGGUGAAUGAGAAAAGUACUUGUCGUGUUUGGGACAGUUAUGCCCUUGUUCACCGUGACACUCCUGCCAACAACACUGGUAGAUAGUUUAUAGAUUUUUACUUCUAGAAAAGGUUAUCUUUCUGUUGCCUGGCUUUGUGCUCGGGAGCCAAUGACAGCACACUAACAAACAAAUGGUUUGUAUUGAAUAUGUAACAACAAACUUAAACGAGCACUAGCCCUACAGAAUGUGGGAACACAUAUGCACAUCUAUUUGUAUAUACAGUAUGUACAAGAAGAUAAUACUGAAUGUUGAAUACACUGUAGGAAAUUGUUUUAAAAUUCAAUGUUAAUAUUGAUUCAUUUGAUGUUUCAACUAAGUAUCUAUCUGUCUCCUGCCAUACAACUGUCCAUCUCCUUUAAGCCAUUCCUAGCUCUCUAUCUAUCUGUCUAGCAGGCACACUGCCUAGUAAGUUAGCAAUCUGGCCAUCUAUCUAUCAUUGCAGCUGUCAAUCGAAAUGCCAUCUAAAUAUUGGACACUUGUUGAUAGGCUCUGAGCCUUACGCUGAUGAUGCUUUAACACAGUGAGUUUGAAAUGACCCCAGGACAGCUCCUCAGUGGAAAUGUGAUGAGAUGAGGUGCAUUACUAUUGACCAGGGCCCUUAGUGCUCUGCUGGUGAAAAGUAGUGCACUACAUAGGUAAUUGGUUACCAUUUAGGACUCAACCUGGGGUCUGGUACACUAGAUGUAUGGAGAGGUCUGUUUGAUUCAGCACUAUGGCUGAUGCACUAUAGUUCUUCACCAUUUGUACAGAACAUGUACCAUCUUUAGAUGGUGGCCAGUUUGCUUGCGUUUUGAAUUUAGGAAGCAGAGAAAAAGAAACGUGUUAUAUCCCAUAUUUUUAAACACUAUCUUUUUAUUAAGUAGACAAAUUGAAAUAAGCAAUGUAGAUGAAUUGAAAUGAAGGGGAAAUAAAAUAUAAAAGUCAAAAGUA